AAAUAUGAAAAGAAACAUUAGCUGAAAGAGUGAAAGAAGAAAAGACCUUGAAAUAAAGAGAUGAAAUCAAACCCGCAAAAGCUGUGUUGAGAAGACAACUAUGGAAGAACAAGAAGAAAGACUGGUAAAACAACAAAAAGAAAACAAAGAAAAAGAAGAAGAAAAUGGUAGAGAAAUAACACAACAAAUAUGGAGUUGGGGAGCAGGAACAGAAGGACAACUUGGAACAGGCAAGCUAGAAGAUGAGCACACUCCUCAACUCCUCAUUAAUCUUUCAAAUUCUCUCUCCUCAUUUGGCCAAAUCUCUCUCCUAUCUUGUGGUGGUGCCCAUGUCAUUGCUCUCACUUCAGGUGGGAAAGUGCUAAGUUGGGGAAGAGGAGCAUCAGGACAAUUGGGACAUGCUGAGAUUGUGUCUAAUUGUUUGUACCCUAAGCUAGUGGAUUCAUUGACAAACUUUAAUAUUUCUCAUGUUUCUGCUGGUUGGAAUCACUCUGGUUUUGUUUCAGAUUCUGGAUGCCUCUUCACUUGUGGGGAUGGCUCGUUUGGUCAGUUGGGCCAUGGCGAUUAUCAAUCCUACAGUUCCCCGAUGCAGGUUUCGUAUUUUGACUCUAAGCAUGUGGAGCAGAUAGCUUGUGGCAUGAGACAUUCUCUGGUACUAUUAAAAGGCAAUUCGGGGGACAAGGUGUAUGGAUUUGGAUCUGGCAAGCGCGGUCAGUUGGGUAUUUGUGCCGAUAAAACAACAUCAGUGGGGAUUCCCAAGGCAUGUUCUGGAUUUGAAGGUGUUGAAGUGGUGGCUAUUAAUGCCAACGGAGACCAAAGUGCAGCGUUAUCAGCUGAUGGCCGUCUUUAUACUUGGGGAAGAGGUUUCAGCAGCAAUUCAAAUGUUUGUAUACCUCAGACUGUACCUUCAUCUUUGAACUUCAAGCAAGCUGCUCUUGGUUGGAAUCAUGCGUUGGUAUUAACAAGUGAAGGGGAAGUCUUCAUGCUUGGAGGCAGGCACCAUGGAGUUCUCAGUGACCCUCAAAUAAAAACUCAGCUUCAUACUUUAUCUGGUGACGUAAAUCUUUCAAAAGUAAAUGUGCUUGAUGGGAUGAAAAUUGUGCAAAUUGCUACAGGAGCUGAACACUCAGCUAUAGUGACAGGAAAUGGACUUAUAUGCACUUGGGGUUGGGGUGAACAUGGUCAGCUAGGAUUGGGGAGCACUGAUGAUCAUACCAUCCCCAUGUUGGUUCUACCCGAAGAUAACAGCCUGAUAUCGAGGGUUUAUUGUGGAAGUGGGUUCACUUUCGCUCUGAAAAUCUAGUCUUGAAGAAGUUUGUGAUUUAUGAUUCUGAAGCAUGGCACACAUCUUACGCUAUCGUGGUUUACAUGAUGAUCUUGCACAUCCUCUUUGAAGAUGACGACCAAGGUGGAAAAUGAAAACUGAACCUUCUAUCUCAUUCUCAAGCUGAGUAAACAACCCAGAUUAUGAUGGAUAACUAACCCUUCUUUUAUGAACUAUGGCGAUUCGAUACGUACGGUCAGAUGGUUUUUUGUUGCGUAUGGAUUCCAUGUAUUAUUGCUUGCCCCCCUCCCUCAAAGAAAGCAAGUCACACUGCUGACUUGCUGAGUUUUUAGAUGUGAUGUUAAAUUUUUUUAAUUCAUUCAUCAAAAAGGGCAAAUGUUGUAUAAAAAAGUAUCUUAUAAAGCGUGAAGGGAAUUACUUGCAAUUA